AAGGGGGUUGUAGUCUUUUUGCCAAACCCAACGAAAGUCCAAACCGAAGAACCCCACCCCCCCAACCCCCCAAUUAAGACGGAAGAAGAGCCUCUUUCGCGUAUUCCCUCGUCUCCUCGGUUCCAUAUCUCCAUUCGAGCGCGCGACCAGGCCAGGGAAAUGGCAGGAAAAGGAGGGAAGGGACUUUUGGCGGGAAAGACCACUGCUGCCAACAAAGACAAGGACAAGAAGAAGCCGGUCUCCCGGUCCUCCCGAGCUGGUCUUCAGUUUCCAGUGGGCCGAAUUCACAGACAGCUGAAGUCAAGGAUUGCAGCCAAUGGUCGUGUUGGUGCCACAGCUGCAGUCUAUUCUGCAGCUAUCCUCGAGUACUUAACAGCAGAGGUCCUAGAAUUGGCAGGAAAUGCGAGCAAGGAUCUUAAGGUAAAACGUAUCACGCCGAGACAUCUGCAGCUGGCUAUCAGGGGAGAUGAGGAGCUUGACACCCUGAUCAAGGGCACAAUUGCAGGUGGGGGUGUGAUUCCUCACAUCCACAAAUCUCUCAUUAACAAAUCCUCUAAGGAUUGAAAAUCUUCAACUUAGUUAGGUUUCAUAACUCCCUUCUUGUAGGUUUCUGACUCCCAGUUUUAUUUGUGUUUUAAUUGCUAAACAUUGGCAUUGGAUUUAUGUGUUCUGGUGGGAUUUGUUGGGCUCGGAUUAUUGUCAUUUUUAUGAUCUUGUGUAGAAUUGAUUUGGUAGGAUUUGUCAGGGUUCUCAAUUUACUUCUAAUUCUUGUCUUGCUGGUAGAUUCUCUAAUUGAACUGGUAGCUUGUUUUAGAGCAGGGAAACUGAAAUAUUGUUUGUUCAUCUA